CUUUGGGGGAAAAGGUGGAAAUAAAUAACUGUAAAAAUGGAGAUGACCAGUGGAGAAGAGGAGAGGGAGUGAAUGAGUUGUGCAGAGGUGUUAAAGAAAGGUGAUAUUGCGAUAAAGUGUAAAGAGCAGCAUCUUGUAUGUAAAGAAUGAUCUGAAUCGGUAGUUAAUACCAUUUUUUCAAAUCCUGAGGUUGAAAUACCUGUUAAGUGCUUUAUUUGAUUCUCCGAGGUUGAUUCUACUCAGAUUGAAAAGCUAAUGACGCCAGAGCAGAUGCUUCUCUAUAAUUUUUACUAUAAAUCUAAAUAAAAUAGACUCAACUGUAGAGAAACUUGAGAAGUGUCCUUUCUGAUAUUACUGCGAGCCUUGGAAUCUCAAUAGAGAUCCUUACUUCUUCUACUGUAAGAAUGACAAGUGUAAUUAAAUGAAGCUGUACAACUUGAAAGCAAGGUUUUGAGUAUUAUCCACGUCGUUGAGCUCCUCCUCAUCUAUCAGAAGAGCACAAAAAUAAUGUUGAGCGCCAUUACAAGUGAUAUAAGUAUAGAGAAAUUAAGAGAGAUUGGGACCAAGCUAUCAAAAGAGGAACUUUAAGAUAUUGUCCUGGUUGUGGGGCUGGAUUCACAAAAGAUGAUUACUGUCUUAAAAUUACAUGAAAAUGUAAGACUGUAUGGUGCUAUUUCUGUGGUAAAUAAAGAAGAAGAUCUUGAUAAGAAAGAUCCUAAUGGGAAGUUUUACCAACAUUGACAUGAUUGGGAGACAAAUGUAAAAAGAUGUCCUUUAGAAUUAAAAGAUCUUUCAAAAAUUGAUUCUAAAUGGGACAAAAUAGAUGACUUUAAAAACGGAGAUUUGUUCCAUAAAAUUCUUAUUUAUAGAGAAAUUAAAGCGUUCUUUGAGAAGUAUACAAGAGAGGAAUUUGAAUGUCUAUGUGAAGCUAUUCCUUCUGUUGCUAACCACACUUUUGAUAUUGAAGAAGCGAUGACAAUGGACUUAGAUUUAAUCAAAAGAAAAACAAAGGAUUCUGACUUAUAGGAUAAGAGGAGAAGUUGAAAAUUGUUGCUGAUCUAUUUUUUGUUGUAUGAAUUCUUUAUUUUGGUCAGAU